GACACCGGGAGUCCCCGCCCCAUUGGAUUAUGCAAAUGAGGCGUCCGGAGGCCCCACCCCUCCCUGGGCCGCGGAGUCUGCGCGGCUCCGCCGGGCCGGGCUGUCCGUGUCUCCAUCUCCGCGUCCGCCAGCCCGGCCAGCCUUCCGUCUGUCUGUCCCGCAGCGCCGGGGCAGUCUGGGCGGAGCGGGGCCUCAGGCAGCGGUGGCGGCCUAGACCGGAGUGACUCGUGGGUGGAACACUGGACCCACAGUGCCUACCCUUGCCAGCCUGAGCCUCAGUUUCCACAUCUGCGCAAUGGGAAUCACCAUCCCAGCCCUGCUGCCCACCAGGAGCAGCUGUGAGUCUGUGGUCGAAGUGGUAGCCUGUAGGAGGAGGCCCUAGGGUUCUUUCACAGGCCCAGGCUUCACCAUGGCGGGAGGAAGACCUCACCUGAAAAGGAGCUUCUCCAUCAUUCCCUGCUUUGUCUUUGUAGAGUCUGUGCUGCUGGGCAUUGUGGUCCUGCUGGCUUACCGCCUGGAGUUCACAGACACCUUUCCCGUGCACACCCAGGGUUUCUUCUGCUAUGACAGUACCUAUGCCAAACCCUACCCAGGGCCUGAGGCUGCCAGCCGAGCACCCCCCGCCCUCAUCUAUGCCCUGGUCACUGCUGGGCCUGCCCUCACGAUCCUGCUGGGGGAGCUGGCACGUGCCUUUUUCCCUGCGCCACCCUCAGCCAGCCCCAUUGUUGGGGAGAGCACCAUCGUGUCUGGGGCCUGCUGUCGCUUCAGCCCUCCGCUUCGGAGGCUGGUCCGCUUCUUGGGUGUGUACUCCUUCGGCCUCUUCACCACGACCAUCUUCGCCAACGCUGGGCAGGUGGUGACCGGCAACCCCACGCCGCACUUCCUGUCAGUGUGUCGUCCCAACUACACGGCCCUGGGCUGCCUACCGCCCUCGCCUGACCGGCCGGGGCCUGACCGCUUUGUCACUGACCAGGGUGCCUGCGCUGGCAGCCCCAGCCUGGUGGCCGCCGCGCGCCGCGCCUUUCCCUGCAAGGACGCAGCCCUCUGCGCCUACGCCGUCACCUACACAGCGAUGUACGUGACCCUAGUGUUCCGCGUGAAGGGCUCCCGCCUGGUUAAGCCUUCUCUCUGCCUGGCCCUGCUGUGCCCCGCCUUCCUGGUGGGCGUGGUCCGCGUGGCAGAGUACCGCAACCACUGGUCUGACGUCCUGGCUGGCUUCCUGACUGGAUCGGCCAUAGCCACCUUUCUGGUCACCUGUGUCGUGCACAAUUUCCAGAGCCGGCCACCCUCUGGCCGAAGGCUCUCCCCCUGGGAGGACCUGGGCCAGGCCCCCACCAUGGACAGCCCCCUCGAAAAGAAUCCGAGGCCUGCAGGCCGCAUUCGACACCGGCACGGCUCACCCCAUCCAAGCCGCAGAACUGUGCCCGCCGUGGCCACCUGAUCCCCAGCUGCGUGUCCUCAAGGGCCCCAGCCAUGUGUUCCUCACCCCGUGUGCCCCGCCCUCGAUUGAGGUCUGAGCCGACGCCCCUGCCUCUGCCCUUACCCCUACCAGCGCCAACUCCCAGCCAGGGCCCUUCACCCUCCUCUCCUGGGCCAGGGGGGCCAGGUGGGGGUGGUGGCCGUGGCCGGAAGCUGCUGCUGCCCACACCCCUGCUGCGGGACCUGUACACCCUUAGUGGACUCUAUCCCUCCCCCUUCCACCGGGACAACUUCAGCCCUUACCUGUUUGCCAGCCGUGACCACCUGCUGUGAGGCCCACCACCCACCAAGAAUCCACCCAUGUCCCCAUUUCUUCCCUGCCACGCGUGUGUGUGCGUGUGCCAUGUGAGUGCCAAAGGCCCCUACCCCCAAACCAGCCAGGCCCAGACAUCAGAAGAUGGCUGGAAGAACAAUUGAGGAAACCUCUUGCCUCUCUUGCCUACUGGGGUAUCUCAGUAGGCAGAACUGCCAGGUGGGCCCUGCCCCACUAGGAUUGCCCUUUUAAGAGCUAAAGUUCGAUCUAAUUGGUCACUGCUCAACCUAUGAGAGCUUUCAGUUCCUAGAAUUCUAUCCAAAAGGAGUUACUCCAGCCAAUGGAAGCUUCCCUGUUACUUCUUAGAAUCCUCAGGCAAGAGAGCAACUCCAGCCAGUGUUCAGUGUCUGAACAGCCAAUAGGAGCUCUUGGCUUUCAGACUUUCUAGAGUGGGUGGGUAUGAUUCCAGUCAAUGGGGGACCGCCCCUGUCUUAAGCAUGCACAGAGGCGAGGAGGAGAUGGGUCACCCUGUGUCAUCAGGUCCUCUCUCUUCGGAAUCACGGAGUCCAGUUGGAGGGUGGGGGCAGGCUCCCCCAUGGCAGGGCCUUGGGGUACCCCUUUACCCCUUAACCCCUCCCCUGCGUGCACCAUCUCCCCCAUCCCCUCCCAACUCACUACUUAAACAGGGCUUGCCCCAGUUCAGAGGUUUUGGGGUUCAGGGUGCUUUGUCUCUCCUUGCCUGUGCCCAGGGCACCCCCAAACCCUUCUGUUAUUUGUUAGGGCUGUGGGAAAGGAUGUUUUUUUUCUUGGAACCCACCUCUGUUCCUCACACUGCCUCAGCCUCAUGAAGACAUACCAUCUUGGGGCACAUAGGUGGAGCAGAGGGGGCUCCCCAACCCCAAGCAGCCAAAGGCAGUGGGCAGAGGAGACAUGCCCUCCUUUCUUGCCCCUCCUCAUCUUUAAUAAUGACCUGGCUUCUCUCUUUAAUAAAGACCUGUUUGUAACAG